UCCGAGGUCGCCUGCAGCCCGGCGGAAGGGCAGCUCUGGGCCCCCCGGCUGCACCCCGGGCCCCCUCCCCCGCCUGCUGGGAGACGCCCUCCCGACACCCGCACCCUCGCCCUGUGCCACUCCCAGACCGGCCGGGAGGCUCAGUGUUCCCAGCUCCGGAGGCCCAGGCUGCUGCCAAAGCCUCUUUCGUCCCCGCCCGAAGGCGGAAGAGGGUGCCUGGCAGGCAGGAGGCCCCGCAGGGCUGCGUCCUGUCCCUGAGGGUGUCCGCGUCCAGGUGGCCGCUCUCUGUUUACCUGGGCGGCCUUAACCCUCCUGUUGAACCGGGAUGUCCCCAGCGGCAGCCACACACAGAACUGGCGUCAGCGCCCCGGGCCGACUCAGCUCGGAGUCAUGACAGGCUCCGCGCCCUUGUGGUCGGGGUGGCUCAGGUCAAGGGGCAGAUGGGCUCAGCCUGCUCCCACUCCACCCCCGUGCCGGGCCUCAGAGCUCAGGACCCUCGUGAGUCACAGACAGCCGAAGAGACUUGUGGUGACACACAACUGUCAUCCUGGCUACUUGGGAGGCUGAGGCAGGAGCAUGGCAAGUUCCAGGACACAGAACAAUCACAGGAUCGCUCCCCAAGGAAAGAAAGGACCUCAGCAGUCCUGGGACGGUGGGCAGUGGACCUGGCUCUGUCCCGGGAAGACGCCAUCUGCAAAGACCUCAGGCAAGGUCAUGGCGACAGAGGGAGAGUGGACUCACUGCCAUCCCCUCCUCCAGGAGAGCACGGGGCUGGGCCGCACAUCCCGAGGGCAGGGUCCCCACCCGCCGGGGCGCAGCACCCAGCACUCGCCCAUGGACUCACCGGAUCCCGAUCCUCACAGGGUCCGGCAGAGCUUGAAGGCCGGAGGGAGGGUGUGGUGUAAACACGGCCACACAUCUCGGCCGUGUGUGCAGGGCCGCGUUGCUACGCGGGGGCUGGACACAGGGAGCGUUGCGAGGAGUGAGGGGAAGCCAAGGGGAAUGCGAGCAUUGAAAAGAUACAAAUAUGACAGAAAAGACAGGUCGCCGUGCAAGCCCUUCCGAGCCCUCCCCUCGGUGCCGCGGCUCCUGCCAUGGCUCCUGCCGCCGUCCGCAGCAGCUCCGGAGUCCUCUUUCCUGAGUGUCACUACCCGGAGUGAUCAGAAGUGCGGCAGGUGCCCCUGCCCAGCACCGUCCAAGGGGAAGGCAGCUCAUAAAAGCAGGACGCCGUGGCCUCAUCCACCUGUCACCAGGCCUGGUACCGUGCGACUUCCGGCUCUUCUCCAAAGUCAAAAUGACCACGAAAGGUCGACAUUCUGAACCCAUUCAAGACACUGGGGCAGCCAGGACAGCACCAGGGAAGACCCUUGGGACAGAGCCCUGCAGAGCGCCUGCAGGAAGUGUCGAGGACGAGGGGAUGAGUGUGCUCGAGGGGCGGGAGGGCUUCGAGGGGGUGCAUU